AUGCUACGCGCAGACGACCAGAGCUUUGCUUUCGAGGAGUGGUCGAAGGCUCAAGCCGAGCUGAAGUCCAUGUCGCUUGAGGACGACUGGUCCGCCGAGGUGAACAAAUAUUUGAAGUUCCUAUUGGACAUGAAUCGCCAAUGCAUGGAGCGGGAAGAUGACCUUUCCCAGCAGUUCCGAAAGCAGGAGCUUGAGAGGGUUUUUGCCUCGCGGGUCGCCGCAGCCCGUGUAAGUGCGGCCGACGCGGCGAAAGCUGCAGCCGGGGCUAUGAAGCGAGUUGGUGGCGAUGCGAUGCUUCAAGCGCGAGAUGCUGGUGAGGCGGCCGCUGCAGCAGCCGCCCAGCUGGGCAUGGGUCCCUUCAUCCAAGCCGCUUUUGCAGGCGCGCAGGCAGCAGCGGCAGCAAGCGUCAAGCAGAAGCAGCCACUUUCGCGGGUGGAGCAACUGGACGAAGCCAACAAGGCCUCCAUGAGAGUUGCGGAGCGGUGUGGCAUGACGGCGAAGGACAGGGAGCUCAUCACUGAAGCUACAGAAGCCGCCAAAGAAGCGGCGAAUGCCGAUGCGCAAAGUGACAUUGCAGCAUGCUUUGCAUUUGCCUUGGCAUCUCGGUUGAGUCUCACGGAAGAGGCCCAAAGCGCGGUCACAGGUGGUUCAGAUGCGGCAGGCGCAGGUGGAAAUGAAGGCUACCCAUGA